CUCAAUGAAGAGCAGACUUUGGUUCUCAAACAGUUGGCAGAAAUUGUGGAUGAAUUUCUCGGAAUUGCUGAUGAGGAACUUGCUCAAACAGUAUUCGACAUUGCGAGUUCUUCCAGCGACCAGGAAGAGUUCCUACGGAAUCUGCAAAAACAGCUCAGUGCAUUCAACUUUCCCAAAAAGAUAGCACUCAAGUUUUGGUGGGCCUACGAGACCUACGAAACUGCCGUAAUGAACAAACGCAAACGGGAGUACUCCCCAAAAUAA